UAAGGGGAACAGCCGAUCACUUGGCUGCUCUCUCUGCCUCUCUUAUAGUUUGUGGUGAGGUAGUGAAAAGGCUGCAGGGGAUGGUCUGAGGUGGACUGAGAGGAACCUGAAGGAUCAAACAAGCUGCUGUAGUUUAUGGUGGAGGCUGUGACAUGCAGGGGAACAGGCUUGAAGUUAUCAGGAGAGCGAUAAGAAACUCUUGUUUUAUUUGAAUUUCCUUUGGCAAAGUAUACGUGUCAGGACUGUUCAUCAUCAAAAGAGCAGCUGCAUCUUGAUGGGAGUGGAGUCAGGCUGUAAAUGGGAGGAAGUGUCCAGAUUCCACCUGCCAUGGACUACAACGACUCCUACAAGCUUCUCUCUGGAGAGCAGCUCAUCUACGCCAUCACCAUACCCCUGUCCACCUCCAUCAUCCUGGCCAACCUCUUCAUCAUCCUUGGCAUCGCCUGCAACCGGCAGCUCCACAACACGCCCAACUACUUCUUCCUCAGCCUGCUGGUGGCCGACCUGUGCACGGGCGUGGCGCUGCCCUUCAUACCGUUAAUGGGCCUGUACCGGGAGUUAAGUUUUAGCUCCUGCUUGGUGGCUCACAUUUUCCCAAACUUCCUCUUCUUGGCGUUCCUUUUCAACCUGGUGAUGGUCCACUACGAGCGCUACAUUUGCAUUGUCGACCCCCUGCAUUACAACAACUUAUGGAUGCAUCGAAGUUUCCCCCUGGCGUUGCUUGUGGUUUGGUUGCCGCCACUCCUGUAUGCCUGCCUACCUGCUUUUGGGUGGAAUAACUGGACAGGACCAGAUUGGAAUGACUGUUGUUGUGCAAGUGGCCAAAACUUUGCUCCACUUUCAAACUGCUCAACAAAUGGAACCACCUGCUGCUCGUACCGACGAGUAUUCCCUAAUGCCUUCAUCUACUUGGAGGUGUACGGACUCGUCCUUCCUGCUAUUCUCACCAUUGCUGGCAUGACCGGCCGUGUUCUGUGGAUCACCCGAGGCCAGCUGAAGGACAUUUGUCGGCUCCAUCGUUCGGUGGAGCGGGGAAGUCAGGCCUCGGACCAGGAGCAGAGGCUGAACCUGCGGUACACUCGCUGCGUGGUGGCUGUGUCACUGACCUUUCUGGCGUGCUGGGUUCCCUACCUCAUUUACAUGCACGUCUGCAUAGCGUUCUUGAUCAGUGACACCAAGUGGAGCUCCACCACUCACAUCGUGCUGUCCUGCACUGGCAUCGGAAGCAUGGCUGUGGUGCCGCUGGUGCUCGGCCUAGCCAACAGGCAGUACACGGAACCGGCAUACAAACUUCUCCAGAAACUCAGAGACAGGUGGAGGCGGAGGACGCAGGGAUCAGAGGAGGUGGCAGUCUGAGAAAAACUGAUGAAACUGAAUAUUUAUGAGGAUGAAUCUGCAAGAUGAUGUUGGCAGCAGUGAUGAACUACAUGCAUGCAGUGUUUUGAUCACAGCCAACAGGAGGAGCUGGUGAUUUACUACAGAAAAACACAUUUGUGUUGAUACUUUCACAGUCUAUUUAUCAAAUGGUUUGGAAAUGGCCGGAGGUAUUGUGUUUUGCGUUGCCUAACCUCUCCUUGUGAGGGAAUUAUUGAAUCUAACUGAUUAGAUUUUGAUGGUCAGAGGUCAAAGGUCAAGGCCACUGUGAACUCAAAACACAUUUUUGGCUAAAACUUGAGAAUUAAUCUGGUAAUUUUGACUAACUUUCAUAGAAUAUGAUAAAAUGAUGACAUUUUAUAUCCAAAAGGUCAAAGGUCAGCCUCACUGUGAAUCAUAAUGUCACAGAUUGGGAUUAUAUUUCACAUUUGGUUGGAUACUGAAUUGGUGUCACUUAUCCAACUGUGGAAUUUGUAUAGAUCUUUUGUGCUGUCGGGUUCAACGUGUGCGUGAAGCAUUAAUGUUUCAGAAUUAGUUUUCUGUCAGAAUCGGCUUUAUUGGCAGAGCAUCGUAGUUUACCCUCACAUUUUCAUACUUCAUAAGAUGAAUAAGUAAUAAGAUGCUGUUUUCAGGACAACUUAAAAACCAACCUCUGUCUCAAACAAGACGAAAGCCCCGUUCUGAUUUUUCUCAGAGGAUUAACAUUACAGGGGAAGGUGGGGAAUAAAUUAUUCACAGUGCUCCAUCCAUCACAGGAUGUGGUCUGUAAUGGACAUUCUACUGGACUAGCCGAAAGAGAAUACCACUUGCUACCUGUAGCUGACAUUACAGCAACCCAUUUGAUUAGCUUUAA